AUGCGCUUCCCAAGUCUGACAGAGCUCUGCUACGAGCCUUGGAGAGAACGGGGUGGCAAAGAAACACAAUCUGAUCAAUACAACCAGACAAUGCUCGAAUCGCUCGCCGAGAUAGACCUAUCAAAGCUCACAACUUUGGAAAUUUCAACUAGUCAUACCCGGGAAGCGUAUACGACUGCACCGCCAAUGGCUCAGGGUGCCGAAUCUAGCCAUAAGCCACAAACUCGCAACUCAGUCUCAUUAAUGAAAGACGCCAGCUACUUCCAGCAGGCAAGCAAAGGUUCACACUCACAGUGGGAAAACCUCACGCGUCUAGCGCUGACAUCGAGUGUUCUCACGGCUGACGCGCACGCCGCGGCCAUCGACGACAUGCUACGAGACGCCGCGGCCGCCGCACUCAAGACGCCAAAGCUCGAGACGGUGGAGUUGUAG